CAACAACAACAGCAGCAGCAGCAGCAACAACAACAACAACAACAGCAACAACAAACUCAUCAUCAUCGACCCCAUACUCAUUCACAUCACGGUCAACAGCAACCGCAGCAGCAACAGCAGUCCAGUUCGGUUACGUCGACCUCCGUCGGAACCGAGCUGAUCUCUGCCGAUGAAAAAGCAGUCAUAUCAGGUAUUUAUCAACAUUACUUCCGCGCGAUGCGCGCUCACAAUCAUCAGCAUCGGCAGCAGCAACAGCAACCGCAGCAGCCGCAAGCCACACAGCAGCAUCGAACGACUCAUCAACUUCAUCAUCAACCUCACCAAAGCGACCGAAGUUCCUCCUCGUCAGUGACCCCGACGGCCACGUCGAUCUCUGGCAUUCUACGACAGACCUAUCAACAGACGUAUAAUAACGCGACCAGUUCGAAUUCGUCGACUCAUCUGCGAGCAACGACAGCCGCCUCGGUGGUCGGACAUCAUCCGUACAGACGGCCGUCGGCCACGUUACUAUCACGUGCAGCCUCGUCGCACGUUGGUCAGCAAGCUUCUUCCUCAUCUUCCUCGUCCUCUUCUUCCUCCUUGACGUCGAUCGGUGCUUCCAGCGGCGUUUCCAGCGUGUACGCGAGCACGAUACACAGGCAUCACGCGACCUCGCUACACGCCCUUCAGGCGGCCGGUUUUUACGAAACGCCCGGUUAUCAUGCGCUUUUGCCGCAGAGUUAG